AUGGACAAAGUUUCUCCUUCGCUGACCGCCAUAGCCAUUGCUUCUGGCAUCAUAGGCCUGGUCACUGGCUAUUUCCUAGGUCAAGGCUCUUCCAUUGGUCUCUUUUCUUCAAGCAGUAACCCAUCGACGACACCUAAAAAGUCAUGGCCGAACAGUUACGAUGUCAAGGUACAUGUUGACUCAUCCGAUGAGGAGCUGUUAGCAGAUGACGAUCAAGACACGCCCGAUUCCGAGAACGAAGGCGACGGCAAGGAACUCAAGAGCUUUGAUGAUCGCAACGAGGAGGUCAAGCUAGUUCUGGGUGUUCGUACAGAUCUCGCCAUGGGGAAAGGCAAGAUAGCAGCUCAAUGCAGUCACGCUACCCUGGCCUGCUACAAAUACCUCGUGGAUAAGACUGCUGGCCAGGGCAUGCUCAAAAGAUGGGAACGUGGUGGUCAGGCAAAGAUUGCGGUUCAGGUCAAGUCGGAAGAAGAGCUGGAGACAUUGCAGGCACUGGCUAUAGCUGCUGGCAGUGCCACGGUACUCGGGGUGCUUGGACCCAAAAGUGUUGUCGAUCAAGUCACUGGCCACCUGAAGUUAUUAUAA